AUGCAGCAGCUCCUCGGGCGGCGCCUCAAGUCGCUCCAGGAGAUCGGCCGCGUCGUCACGCACACGUUCCGCGGCGAGGAGCUGGGCCUCAAGAUCAGCCUCGCGCGCUACGGCGCGGGCCGCGAGUACGUCGAGGUCGACGAGAUCUUCGAGGAGUCCGAGGUCGCGGACAUGGUGCGGAAGGGCGACGAGCUCAUCGCCAUCAACAAGCGGCUCAUCCUCGAGCCGACGCAGGAGACGUUCCCGCUCCUGAUCAAGUCGAUCGCGACCGCGGGCCGGCCGAUCUCGUUCACGUUCAUCAAGGGCGAGCGCCACGAGGAGAGCGUCAUCGACUCGCUCGUCGCGUCCGCCGAGGGCUACUGGGCCCGGGCCAAGGCCUGCCGCGAGGAGAUCGAGAGCCACCGGGAGAAGGGCACGGACUCCGUCGAGGUCGUCAGGGGCCUCGUGGACCAGGCGCGCGUCGCCGCGGAGACGUGCAAGUCCAACGCGGAGCGCGCGGCGGCGCGCUGCGAGGACGACGACAGCCACGCCAUCUUCGUCGCGCGCGAGGAGACGGCGGUCCUCGCGGACAAGGCCGCGAAGGAGCUCAAGGCGUGCGAGGCGCUCGCGGCGACGGAGGGCCGCGGCUUCGCGGCGCGCGCCGACGACGGCGCGAUGCUCACGCGCGAGUCGCUCGCGGCGGCCGACGCCGUCGGGGCGCUCGUCGUGCUGCAGCCCCACAAGGGCCUCAAGCCGCGGUCCCCCGGGUCCCAGCGCAAGUUCGCGCUCAAGGACCGCUACCUGCUGCUCCUGCCGACGGAGACGCACUACGACGAGAAGUUCGCGGCCAUGUCCACGAAGCAGCUCAAGCACAUGCUGCAGGCGUCGGGCGUGUCGACGGCGGGCUGCUUCGAGCGCGAGGACUUUCUCAAUUUGGCCCUCGACAAGGCGGAGACGAAGGUGCUGCGGUCGCCCGACGACGACGGCGACGGCAAGGCCGACGGCGUCACGGACCUGCUGGCCCUGGAGAGCGUGUCCUGCGACGCGGGCGGCAAUCUCGUCCUGAAGGGCAAGCUCGACAGCGUCGCGCUGGGGCCGCCGGAGGGCGUCGCCGUGGACCUGGCCGCGCUCGCGAAGCACCUCAACGACAGGAUCGCGUUCUACGCGGAGCUCGAGGCCCGCGCGGCGGACCCCGACGGCUACGAGGCCGCGAAGCUGCUCCACGACGUCGACGCGGACUGCGAGGGCUUCUCCGUCGCCGCGCGGCGGCCGCUCUUCGCGGACUACGCGCUCGGCGAGAGCCGCGGCGUGUCGCGCGCGUGGUCCGCGGGCGUCGUCAAGCGCAAGGGCACGUCGGAGCCCCUGGGCGUCGUCGUCGAGGUGCCCGUGCGCGGCACGACGCCCUCCGUCAAGGUCGCGUUCCAGGGCGAGGCCGAGCUCUGGGUCGGCCCCGUGUCCGAGCUCGAGCUCGAGGAGGGCCGCGGCGCGGCGCCGCCGCCGCCGUCCGCGUCGCCGAAGAAGGCCGCGCGCCGCGCGUCCUACGGCCACGUCGACUGGGCCGCGCCCGGCGCCCAGGCCGACGCGCACAAGCUCCGCGACUUCGAGCGGUCCAUCGCGCGCUUCUUCUCGCCCGAGGAGUGGCUCGCGGAGCUCGACCCCGUCCUCGUCAAGUCCGGCGGCGAGCUCGAGCGCGAGGCCGCCUUCGAGGCCGAGCGCACGCGGCGCCUCAGCGACGCGCACCCGCUCGCGCGGCCGCACGUCGGCGUCGCCUACAGCGGCCUCAUGGGCGACCUCAAGGUCAACGACCUGCCCGAGAUCGACGACGCCCUCUACCUCAAGCACGAGCACGAGUACAAGCCCUCGGAGGAGGAGCCCUUCGACGACAAGUACCCCCAGCACUGCUGGAGCUGCGACCCGCUCCCGAACGAGAACAACGAGGACUACGAGUUCUACCUCUGCGGCACGACCGUGUCCCUCGAGAUGAGCCCGAGCCUCCAGCCCCCCCCGCCGCCCAUCGAGACGGUCGAGCGCGAGGGCAUCGUCGACGGCAUCACCUACCGCAACGAGUCGCUCUUCAACCCGGAGUUCCCCUACACGCGCGGCUUCAUCGAGGCCGUGACGACCUGA